AAACCUUUGGCAAAACCCCGACCGCGCCACUUGCAUCCUUCUAAACCCUAGUCCCUCGAUACUCUCGUCCUCUUUCCCAUUCUCUCCAUGGCUUCCACCAUCUUCACCAGGUCUCUGAACCGGAUCUCCUUCUCUUCUCUUCGUCCGCACAUCUCCAAAGCAAAGACUGCUUCCUGCCGUACGCCGCCGACAAAUGCCUCCAUCUUUGGAUCUGCCAAGGCUGCCGCCGCUGAAGAAGCGGGAACUUCUUCUCGUUACCAGAGCAGAGGCUUUCGCAUCCUCUCCAGGUCUCCAGUGGAAUUGGGAUGCUCUGGUGGGUCCAUGUACCCAUUGCACACUGCUGUGGCAGUGGCAAGGCUGACAUCGCGGCUAAGUUUGACUUCUCAGAGCUUUCGAGAUCUCUCACAGGGUACCCUUUGCCGCACCUCUCCCGGACUGUAAUAUUGUUUUUUCUGUUCAUGAAUUAUUCGGUACCUGAAAGAAAUACAUGUGCCCUCAAGUGCUUGCGAUUUACUUUCCAGAUUCGCGAGUAUGCAUACUUUUAUUUGCUUUCUACUGAUUAAUUAUUUCAUGGAUAACAUGAAUUUUGUAUGGUAACUCUUCUUCAAUAACAGACCUUUUUGCACAUAUUAUAAAUAUAAAGUCUAGAUUGAUAUUAUAGCAUGUAAUACUUCCAAGAAUAGGAUUUCAUUUCCCUAUUGUUGAAUGAGCUUCAUAAAACUAUACUAUCAUUAUGGCUUUGUUUGAGAUAGCUUUUUUAAUGCUUCUUAAAGUAGUUUUUUUUACAAAAAAUUAAAUAUUUGCACUAAAUAGCUGUUUUAAGAAGCAUUAAGAAAGCUAUCCCAAACAAAACCUAUAUUUUCAUUUACUGGAUUAUUUAUUCUGAUCGCUUAUGUUCAAGUUUAUCAUGAUAUUUAUCUGCAUCUUAAAAUAAACAUUCUUAUAAUGAGAUUGCAAAACCUCCCUAUUUUGAAGGUUAGCAACAACUUCCAGUAUAGGUUCACCUUAGAAACUCAUCAUGCUGCAUUUUUUUUUUUAAAUGUUAAUAGCAUGGAAUCAUAAUCCAAUCCACUUGAGUGAUUUUAUGGUGAUGCAAGAUGGUUUAGGGUUAAGGUUUGUAAUGCAAGUAGAAUAAUGCAUUAUAUGUAAAUCAUUCAAAGCACAAUUCCCAGAACACAAACUAGUAAAAAAGCCAAUAAUGUUCUUGCUUUAAAUGUGCACUGUAAAUAUGAUAAUUAUAAUCAAAACAAUAAUUGAAUGAUUUGAAUAAUUACUAAGAAAUCAAUAAAAAAAAUUAAUUACUCGAAAUCAAUAAUAAUUAUAAUUUGAUCAACAUGAUUUUAUUCUAGCUAUGCUAAAUUUGAACAACACUAAGAACAUUAACAAGCCAAUAACAAGAUAUGUAGAAAUCAAGUCAACGAAAGAAUUCAACAAAGUAAGAAAUCUAUGCCUUAUUUCAGCAUAAGGAGAGGACUUCCCUAGAAUUAGAUGGUCACACUUACACCUUAUUCAAAUGAAUUACACUCAAUUGACACACAUAACAUUGAAAAUUGGAGGAAUUUUUUUAAAUCAAAGAUAUUUAAUCGCAUGCAUUUGACAAUCUAUUUAUAGAGUCUUGCUGUUAUGUUAGAAAAUAUGGUUGACACAAGAUGAACUAAAAUUAAUUUGAAAUAAUAAUCAAAUUAUUACCUGGUUUUAUCACUCAAUUCCAAUGCGACAAAAUAGAGGCUUGAAUCUUCCAAAUAUCACAAAUUGAAUACAUCAAUAGUGAAAUGAAAUUAG